UUUUUUGGAGCGGGAUAGUAGAGGGUGUCUACGUUUGCUGUGCAUCUAUGGACUGCACCAGAGCACGAAUAAAGACAUUUAUCAAUCAGUUGAUGUCGAUCGCAAGGAAUUUUUCGGAUUAACCAUUUCCUCGAGCAACCUUUGUGAAAGAAAAUGCCUCGUAGGUUAGACUUUAGGUAGGGGCGCCGUAUGACUGCUUCAGCCCAAAAGAAAGCCCCAAAACUAUUUUUUUCUUCAGAUUUUGGCAAACAAUUUUGGUUUCCCAUAGCGUACCCUCCAGACUACAGGAUGGUGUUCUUGAAACACCUUAAUGCUUCGAUGCUAUAGCUGCUACUGUGGAUGGUACAAACCUAAAGACCAGGUAGCUGCAGGAUGAAAACAUGGCCGCACCCCUUAUUGCACCGCCAGGACCUGAUAGCUUCAAGAAGUUUACUUUGGAAUCUUUGGUGACACUUGAGCUGCGCAUCAAUGAGGAGAAGAACAAGAAGCCACCAAAGCAGGACAACAGCUACCGUGACGAUGAUGACGAGAACAAGCCCAAGCCCAACAGCGACCUGGAAGCUGGGAAGAGCCUGCCCUACAUCUAUGGGGACAUCCCUAAGGGAUUGGUGGCUGUACCACUGGAAGACCUGGACCCAUACUACCUAAAGUCUCAGAAAACAUUUAUAGUGCUAAAUAGAGGGAAGACAAUCUUCCGCUUUAGUGCCACACCUGCCUUGUACUUCAUAAGUCCUCUUAAUCCGGUUAGGCGAGUAGCUAUUAAAAUUUUGAUACAUGCUCUUUUCAGCAUGAUCAUUAUGUUUACUAUUUUGACCAACUGUAUAUUCAUGACCUUUAGUGAUCCUCCCGAGUGGUCAAAACAAGUCGAGUACACAUUCACUGGAAUUUAUACAUUUGAGUCUCUUGUAAAAAUCACGGCACGAGGAUUCUGUAUAGACGGGUUUACAUUCCUUAGAGAUCCAUGGAACUGGCUGGAUUUCAUGGUCAUUUCGAUGGCAUAUAUAACAGAGUUUGUGGACCUGGGCAAUGUAUCUGCGCUGAGAACAUUCAGAGUUCUCCGAGCAUUGAAAACUAUCUCUGUCAUUCCAGGACUGAAAACCAUUGUGGGCGCCCUGAUCCAGUCUGUGAAGAAGCUUUCAGAUGUGAUGAUCCUGACCGUCUUCUGCCUGAGUGUCUUUGCCCUCAUUGGUCUCCAGCUUUUCAUGGGCAACCUGCGCCACAAGUGUGUGAUCUGGCCAAUCAACACCACCAAGGCCAUCGACUGGAAUGAGUACAUCAUGAAUGAAACCAAUUUCUACUUCCUGCCUGGCCAGUUGGAUGCUCUUCUCUGUGGGAACAGCUCUGACUCUGGCCGCUGCCCGGAGGGCUACACAUGCAUGAAAGCUGGGAGGAAUCCAAACUACGGCUACACCAGCUUUGACAGCUUCGGCUGGGCCUUCCUGGCUCUCUUCCGACUUAUGACACAGGACUUCUGGGAAAACCUUUACAUGCUGACCCUGAGGGCGGCCGGGAAGACAUACAUGAUCUUCUUUGUUUUGGUGAUCUUUGUGGGCUCGUUCUACUUGGUGAAUCUGAUCUUAGCUGUGGUGGCCAUGGCUUAUGAGGAGCAGAACCAGGCCACCAUGGAAGAGGCCCUGCAGAAGGAGGAGGAAUUCAAGGCAAUGCUGGAUCAGCUCAAGAAACAGCAGGAAGACGCUCAGGCAGCUGCCAUGGCAACCUCUGCGGGUACUGUGUCAGAGGACGCAGUAGAGGACGAUGGAGGAGGUCAUCUGUCGUGCAGUUCCUCUGAGAUGUCCAAGCUCAGCUCCAAGAGCGCCAAAGAACGGCGUAAUCGUAAGAAAAAGUGGAGGCAGAAAGAGCAAGAGAAGGAGAAAGGCGACAGUGAGAAGUUUGUCAAGUCAGAGUCAGAUGAUGGCAGCAAAAGGAGCCGCUUCCGUUUCCCUGAUAAUCGCUUGGGUCGCAAGUCUUCCAUUAUGAACCAGUCCCUCCUCAGUAUACCUGGCUCACCUUUCCUGUCCCGCCACAACAGCAAGAGCAGCAUCUUCAGUUUUAAGGGGCGCGGUAAGGACGUGGGAUCAGAAAAUGAGUUUGCAGAUGAUGAACACAGCACGGUGGAGGAGUGCGAGGAACGCCGGGGCUCCCUGUUCAGCCCUUAUCGGCGGAGCAGCUACAGUGGAUACCACGGGAAGAGGAACAGCACGGUGGAUUGCAACGGCGUGGUGUCGCUCAUCGGCCCUGGGCACGGUGGACGCCUUUUGCCUGAGGUGAAAAUAGAUAAGGCAGUCCCUGACGACAGUCCGACUACUGAGGUUGAGGUGAAGAAGAAGCUGUCGGGCUCCCUGAUGGUGUCUGUGGACCAGCUCAAUACCUCCUUUGGGCGGAAAGAGCGGGCCAACAGUGUCAUGAGCGUCAUUACCAACACACUAGUGGAGGAACUGGAGGAGUCUCAACGCAAGUGUCCGCCAUGCUGGUAUAAAUUUUCUAACACAUUCCUGAUCUGGGAGUGCUCUCCACUGUGGAUUAAGAUCAAGGAAACUAUGAAUCUGAUUGUCAUGGACCCCUUCGUGGACUUAGCCAUCACCAUCUGUAUCGUACUCAAUACCCUCUUCAUGGCGAUGGAGCACUACCCCAUGACCCCCGACUUUGAAGACAUGCUUUCUGUAGGCAAUCUGGUGUUCACAGGAAUCUUUGCAGGGGAAAUGCUUUUUAAGUUGGUGGCUAUGGAUCCAUACUACUACUUCCAGGAGGCCUGGAACUGUUUUGACGGUUUCAUUGUAACGCUGAGUUUAGUGGAGCUGGCUCUGGCUGACGUUGAGGGCCUAUCUGUGCUGCGGUCAUUUCGAUUGCUGAGAGUGUUCAAGCUUGCCAAGUCAUGGCCCACCCUUAACAUGCUGAUCAAGAUCAUCGGAAACUCAGUGGGAGCCUUGGGGAACCUGACCCUGGUGCUGGCCAUCAUUGUCUUCAUCUUUGCUGUGGUGGGCAUGCAGCUGUUUGGCAAGAGCUACAAAGACUGUGUGUGUAAAAUCUCUCUAGACUGUGAGUUGCCUCGCUGGCACAUGAACGACUUCUUCCACUCCUUCCUGAUUGUCUUCCGGGUGCUGUGCGGUGAAUGGAUUGAAACCAUGUGGGACUGCAUGGAGGUGGCGGGCCAGGCCAUGUGCCUUAUUGUCUUUAUGAUGGUCAUGGUUAUCGGUAACCUGGUGGUGUUGAAUCUAUUCCUUGCCUUGCUGCUGAGCUCAUUCAGUGCUGACAACUUGGCUGCAACAGAUGACGACGGUGAGCCCAACAACCUGCAGAUUUCUGUCAGGCGUAUCAAGAUUGGCAUUGCAUGGAUCAAAUCAAAGGUGCGGAUAUUGGUGGCCAGUCUGCUGAAGAAACCACAGAUGGAGGACGAGCAGAAGCCUUUAGAUGACAUGUAUGACAAGAAACUAAACUGCAUUGCUAACCACACCGGGGUGGACAUCAACCGUGAUCUGGACUAUGUCAAGAAUGGUAAUGGCACCACCAGUGGCAUUGGCAGCAGCGUUGGCAAGUAUAUGAUCGAUGAGGACCACAUGUCGUUUAUCCACAAUCCAAACCUGACCGUCUGUGUGCCAAUUGCUGUGGGAGAGUCUGACUUUGAGAACCUUAACACUGAGGACUUCAGCAGCGAGUCGGAAAAUGAGAACAGCAAAGAGCUGGAUGAUACCAGUUCGUCGGAGGGCAGUACCAUCGACAUCAAGCCAGAUGUUGUGGAGGAGGUGGUGGUAGAGCCGGUGGAGGAAUACUUGGAACCCGAGGCGUGUUGGACAGAUGGUUGUGUGGCCAAGUAUAAGUGCUGUGAAGUUGACAUUUCUACGGGCUGGUGGAAGAGAUGGUGGUACCUGAGAAAAACCUGCUACCUGAUUGUGGAGCACAACUGGUUUGAGACCCUCAUCAUCUUCAUGAUCCUCCUCAGUAGCGGUGCCUUGGCCUUUGAGGAUGUGUACAUUGAGCAGAGGAAGACCAUUCGGAUCAUUUUGGAGUAUGCUGACAGGGUUUUCACCUACAUCUUCAUCCUGGAGAUGUUGCUGAAAUGGGUCGCAUACGGUUUUGUCAAGUAUUUCACCAAUGCCUGGUGUUGGCUGGACUUCUUCAUUGUGGAUGUGUCUAUAGUCAGCCUUGUAGCUAAUGCGCUGGGCUACUCCGAUCUAGGGCCCAUUAAAUCACUCAGGACACUAAGGGCCUUGAGACCCCUCAGAGCCUUGUCACGUUUUGAAGGGAUGAGGGUGGUAGUCAACGCCUUGGUGGGUGCCAUCCCUUCCAUUAUGAAUGUGUUGCUGGUUUGCCUCAUCUUUUGGCUGAUUUUCAGUAUCAUGGGGGUCAACUUGUUUGCGGGCAAGUACUACUACUGUUUCAAUCAGACAUCAGAGGAAUACUUUCCUGUCGACGUGGUCAACAACAAGACCCAGUGUGAGGCCCUCAUGAAACAAAACUUUACCGAGGUCAGGUGGAAGAACGUCAAGAUCAACUUUGAUAAUGUGGGCGCCGGUUACCUGGCCCUGCUGCAAGUGGCCACAUUCAAAGGUUGGAUGGACAUUAUGUAUGCAGCUGUGGAUUCCAGAGAGGUGGAAGACCAGCCCGACUAUGAAGUCAAUAUCUACAUGUACAUCUACUUUGUCGUUUUCAUCAUAUUUGGCUCCUUCUUCACCCUCAACCUCUUCAUUGGUGUGAUCAUUGACAACUUCAACCAGCAGAAGAAAAAGUUUGGAGGUCAGGAUAUAUUCAUGACAGAGGAACAGAAAAAGUACUACAAUGCCAUGAAAAAACUGGGGUCCAAAAAGCCCCAAAAACCUAUUCCUCGACCGCAGAACAAGGUCCAAGGCAUGGUGUUUGACUUUGUGACGCAGCAAGUCUUUGACAUCUCCAUCAUGAUUCUAAUCUGUCUCAACAUGGUUACUAUGAUGGUGGAAACGGACGAUCAGUCCGAUGAAACAGAAAACGUCCUCUACUGGGUCAACUUCAUCUUUAUUGUAGUCUUCACCACCGAGUUCUUGCUAAAGCUUUUUGCCCUUCGCCACUAUUACUUCACCAAUGGCUGGAAUAUCUUUGAUGUGGUGGUGGUCAUCCUGUCUAUUGUUGGUAUGUUCCUUGCUGAUAUAAUUGAGAAAUAUUUUGUGUCGCCAACCCUGUUCAGGGUGAUCAGGUUGGCUCGUAUUGGCCGUAUCCUGCGUCUGAUUAAAGGAGCUAAGGGAAUCCGCACUUUACUAUUUGCUCUGAUGAUGUCACUGCCAGCCCUAUUCAACAUUGGCCUACUGCUCUUCCUGGUCAUGUUCAUCUUCUCCAUCUUCGGCAUGUCAAACUUUGGCUACGUAAAACACGGAGCGGGAAUUGAUGACUUGUACAACUUUGAGACCUUUGGCAACAGCAUGAUCAUUCUGUUCAUGAUCACCACGUCAGCUGGAUGGGACGGCUUGCUGCUGCCGAUCCUCAACUACCCACCAGACUGCGAUCCCAAUUUGGAGAACCCUGGUACAUCUGUGAAGGGUGACUGCGGUAACCCAUCAGUGGGAAUCUUCUUUUUUGUCAUGUAUAUCAUCAUUUCUUUCCUGAUUGUGGUCAACAUGUACAUUGCCAUCAUCCUGGAGAACUUCAGUGUGGCCACAGAAGAAAGUGCUGAUCCACUCAGUGAGGAUGACUUUGAGACCUUCUACGAGAUCUGGGAGAAGUUUGACCCCACUGCUUCUCAGUUCAUUACUUUUGCCAAGCUCUCUGACUUUGCCGACGCACUGGAGCAUCCCCUUCGUGUGCCGAAGCCCAACACUAUAGAACUAAUUGCCAUGGAUUUGCCCAUGGUGAGUGGCGAUCGCAUUCACUGCCUAGACAUCCUGUUUGCCUUCACAAAGCGAGUGCUGGGUGACAGUGGGGAGUUGGACAUGCUGAGGCAACAGAUGGAGGAGCGGUUUGUGGCAGCCAACCCCUCCAAGGUGUCGUAUGAACCCAUCACCUCCACGCUUCGCCGCAAGCAGGAAGAUGUCUCUGCCAGAACUAUCCAGAAUGCCUACCGCAUCCACCUUAUUAGACGCGGCAUCAUCUUCAAGCGUCGUACUUUUACUAACAAUAAGUUCGAGAAUGGUGGGACCAACCAAGAGAAGAAGGGGAGCACACCAUCCACAGCCUCUCUCCCCUCCUACGACAGUGUGACCAAACCUGACAAGGAGAAACAGGAUGAAAACAAGGAGGACUGGGCCAGGAAAGAGAAGGACAAAAACCAAAAAGAUGAGUGGGAAUCAAAGUGUUAG